AUGGCUGAGGAUAACAAUAACAAUGACAAUAAUGCCAUUAAUCUGGUUCCCGAAGCAAAUAGAGCACUGAGAGAUUAUGUUGUUCCUCUUUUUCAAGGUUUGCACCAAAGCAUUAGGAGACCUUCUGUCAAUGCGAAUAAUUUCAAAAUUAAACCAGCCUACAUUCAGAUGGAUAAAGCAAAGAGCUGGCUUAAUUCACUGCCCAAUGGGUCUAUCACUACAUGGGAAGACUUGGCUCAAAAGUUUCUCGCAAAGUUCUUUUCACUUGCCAAGACUGCAAAGAUGAGGAACAAUAUCACCUCAUUCACACAAUUUGAUGGUGAGUCAUUGUAUGAAGCUUGGGAGAGGUUUAAAGAACUACUGCAAAGAUGUCCACAUCAUGGGAUUCUUGAUUGGUUGCAAGUUCAGACAUUCUACAAUGGGUUGGUUGGGUCAAUUAAAAUCACAAUUGAUGUUGCUGCUGGUGGGGCAUUAAUGAGUAAGAAUGCUACUGAUGUUUAUGAUUUGUUGGAAGAAAUGGCUUCAAAUAAUUAUCAAUGGCCUUCAAAAAGGUCGGGUUCAAGAAAAGCUGUUGGAGCCUCUGAGAUUGAUGCAAUUGGGAACUUAGCUGAGCAAGUGGCUGCACUGUCCAAGAAAUUUGACACACUAGGAGUUCAUGCAGUUCAAAAUUCAUUUGUAGUUUGUGAGAUGUGUGGGGAUGCCCAUUCAAAUGAUCAAUGUCCAUCUAAUUAUGAAUCGCUCCAGUUUGUGGGGAACUUCAAUAGACAGCAGAAUAACCCAUAUUCCAAUACUUAUAAUCAUGGUUGGAGAAACCAUCCCAAUUUUUCAUGGAAUAACAAUGCAUGGCCUUCCAAUUCAAAACCCAACAUGCCUCUUGGUUUUCAACAACAAGUUAGACCACCAAUUCCUGAAAAGAAGUCCCAAGUGGAAGAACUUUUCUUGCAAUAUAUAUCAAAGAAUGAUGCUAUAAUUCAAAGCUUUGGAGCAUCCUUAAGAAAUCUUGAAACCCAAAUGGGACAGCUUGCAAAUUCCAUCAACAAUAGACCUCAAGGUUCCCUACCUAAUGACACACAAAUCAAUCCUAAAGGUAAGGAACAAUGCCAAGCAAUCACUUUAAGGAGUGAAAAAAAGAUUGAAGGGGUGAAUGAAAAAGUAGUUGAACCUAAGAAUGAACAUGUUGAUAAUGAAGGAAUGUGA